UCAAGUGUCUCUUACUGGGGCAAGGCAGCAACUGACACCCUCGCUUCUCCUGAGCGGAGAAGAAAAUCCAGUCUCCUCUUCCGGAGUGUGUGCGUGUGGGGAGACUCUCCCAUACGUUCGCCUCUCCACCCCACCCUCCUUUGCCCUGUGAUCUGUUCCUCUCCAGCACCCUGUAACUGACUUUGCAGGAAGUACAGCCAUGCUAGAGGUCUGCUAGCCAAUAUCACCAUGUUCAGCAAGAAGAAGAAACGCAUUGAGAUAUCUGCUCCCUCCAACUUUGAGCACCGGGUCCACACAGGAUACGACCAGCAGGAGCAGAAGUUCACAGGGCUGCCGAGGCAAUGGCAGGGUAUCAUCGAGGAAUCGGCCAAGCGGCCGAAGCCACUGGUAGAUCCGGUGUGCAUUACAGCUGUCCAGUCCGGCUCUCAGAAGACCAUCGUGCGGGGGAACAAAGCUGCCAAGGAUGGUUCCCUGGCCUGGCUGCUAGAUGAGUUUGAGAACAUGUCGGUGUCGCGCUCCAACUCCCUGCGCAGGGACAGUCCUCCUUUCCCACCCCGACAUGACCAGCUGUACCAGGAGAACGGCUUGAGCGAGGCCCUGGCUAGGCCCCGCCACCACCACCACCACCACCACCACCACCACCCCGCUGAGGAGGACACUGGGAGCAGCAGGAGCAAAGACCACAAGGAGAGGAACCGCCACGGAUCCAAGAAUGAACUGGAUCAGAGCAGGGAGAAGAGCCGGGACAACAGGACUGCCAUGCAACACCCUCGGGGCCAGGAAGCCAGCAGCAAAUCUCAGCCGCCUUCCACCCACCAUCGGCCGCCGCCUCCCGAGUACCACAAGCCCUUCUCGGACCACAGGCACAGAGCACAGGAGCGGGAUGGGAGGAGGGAGCCUCCUGCUGAGAGGGAGCCCUCUGACCGUGUGGUCAGGAGGGAGCGUGCCGAUGGCCCUGACAAAAGACCCAAAUCUACUUACACCGGGGAGACCAGCCCACAGUCACCCCGGGAAAAGCGGCCCCUCUCUGGGCCAAAUAUACGGACCCCCAAUAUCCCCGUCUCUGAGGGGGUCAUGAAAACAGCACAGCAGACUGGACGCCCUUUUAACACAUAUCCACGAGCGGACACGGAUCCUGUCCGGGGUGCUCAGGCAGAGCAUAGACCUGGGAAACCCCAAGAAACAGCAUCCAAUGGCCCUAUAAGUGGAAACAGCAGUUCCUCCAGGGGGCCCCAUCCAGGCCCAGCAAGACCCAGGAACCCCGAGCCGCCCCAUCCAGGACUCUCCCAACAUGCUUCAGACCCCCACUUGACGCACGCCCCACAGGCUGCCCCUCAGCCUCUGUUCUCCCAGCAGCCCCCUCCACCACAGCCACCGCCACAACCUCCCGUCCCACCUCCACCAGCCCCGCAGCAGCCUCGCUCCCCACAGCGCGAGCCGCAGCGGGUCUCCCACGAACAAUUCCGAGCCGCUUUGCAGAUGGUGGUUGACCCGGGCGACCCCAGGACCUACCUGGACAACUUCAUCAAGAUUGGCGAAGGCUCCACGGGCAUCGUCUGCAUCGCCACUGUCAAGAGCACCGGGAAGCUGGUGGCCGUCAAGAAGAUGGACCUGCGCAAGCAGCAGAGGCGGGAGCUGCUCUUCAAUGAGGUCGUGAUCAUGAGGGACUAUCAACAUGAGAACGUGGUGGAGAUGUACAACAGCUACCUGGUGGGAGAUGAACUCUGGGUUGUCAUGGAGUUCCUUGAGGGAGGCGCUUUGACCGACAUUGUCACGCACACGAGGAUGAACGAAGAGCAGAUUGCGGCUGUCUGCCUGUCCGUCCUCAAGGCGCUCUCCGUCCUCCAUGCCCAGGGCGUCAUCCACCGAGAUAUCAAGAGCGACUCCAUUUUGCUCACACACGACGGCCGGGUCAAGCUCUCUGACUUCGGAUUCUGUGCGCAAGUGAACAAGGAGGUGCCACGGCGCAAGUCCCUGGUGGGGACCCCUUAUUGGAUGGCACCAGAGCUCAUCUCCCGAUUGCCCUAUGGGCCAGAGGUGGACAUCUGGUCCCUUGGUGUGAUGGUGAUAGAAAUGGUUGAUGGGGAACCCCCGUAUUUCAAUGAGCCUCCUCUAAAGGCAAUGAAGAUGAUCCGGGACAACUUGCCCCCCAAACUCAAAAAUGUGCACAAGGUUUCUCCUUCCUUGAAGGGAUUUCUUGACCGCUUGCUGGUCAGAGAUCCAACACAGAGAGCCACCGCUAACGAACUCUUGAAGCACCCCUUCUUAGGGAAAGCUGGCCCCCCUUCCUGCAUCGUUCCCCUGAUGCGACAGAACCGGAUGAGAUGAAAAGGGGCAAAAGCAACCGGACAUCUUACCAAAGAGAGAGAGCGAGAGCGAGGGGAAGCCUCCAUCGUCCCUGGCCAGUCCACCCCCCACCCCCUCAAAAGGCAGAUGGAAGCCUGCCAGCGAUGAUGAGGGCUCUGUGAUGCCUCGCAGACCAGGUCCCUGAGACGGUUCUCUCAUUGCCUCCAGACGACGUGGGCACAAAGCGCUCAGCGAGGGAGACCCGUCGUCAUACCUGGCCCCGGCUGAGGGGCUGCCUUUCCUCUCAGGCUCCGCUCUGCCUACUGAUGACACUGGACCCUCAGGACCCAUAACUGGCAUUGGGCCGGCUGGCCUGUCGCCGUUUCCCCAUCUCUGGCAGGGACGUGCUCCGUACCGCCGUUCUGUACUACUGAGUUGCAGUGGAGUUUAGGCUGUGGGUUUAUUUUUAAAGACUGCAACAUUUCUGA